AUGGAUGCUUGCCGUACUGAUAAUGUGUAUGCUUCGCAGAUCAUUCAGCAGAUUGGUGUCGAGAAUUUCAGCUCCAUCGUCUCUGAUGACACCGGGAACACUCGAAAGACGCGGGGCACAGUCACUAAGAGACACGAAUGGAUGCUCAACUUUGCCGACACAUGUCAUCGUCUUCACAACACGGCUCAAGAUAUCGGCAAGCUGUCAGCAUUUAAAAAGACGAUCGCAACCUGCAAGCGGGUUGUGAAAUACUUUGCGAAGUCGACAAUCGCGAAGACGGCCUUGAAACGAGCGAUGCUGCGGAAAAACAUCAAACGUGGUCUGGUCGGCUUUAGCAAGACGCGCUUCGCUGGUGUUGUGCACUCUGCUGAAUCGGUGAGACGCUGCUUGCCAGCCCUUCACGAGAUCGUGGAGAAGGAGGCUUCCAUGGUUGACAUACCUGUACACCCCCGCUGGGGCCCGCAGGACGUCCACGCGUCCUUUGUUCCUAACACACGGGCCUCCGGAACCUUCAUUGCAGAUCUUUCGAUGCUCCUCAGCAUCCUUGGGCCCAUUGCAAAAGCAAUCGAGUGCCUUGAGUCGGCGCACUCGACUCUCGCAGAUGUUUUCAUGUUCUGGCUGGCGGUUAUGGCCUCAUACGACACGUUCCUUGCGGACACGUCUCGCUCAGCCGAUCUCUCCGACGAGACCAAGGACGAAAUCCGACGCAUACUCAACUAUCGAUGGAAGCAGAUGAUUGAACCCCCACUGAACACCUCCAAAGGCGACCACACUCAAGGGACCAGUGUCUAUGUCGCUGCGUUUGUUCUGCAUCCAGGUGAUUUCAUUUCGCCAACUACUGAUUGUCCGGUGCAUGCUCACACCGAUCAAGAGUAUCGGUCGAGUGGCAUCCUGAAGCCUACAGUAGUGAUUCGCCAGGUGCAUCCAUUGUGA